UCCUCUCAAAAUCUCCAUUUUCUGGCUUUCUUCUCAACCCAUCCGCCCAAACGCUGCUUCCCUCUGCCGCCGCCCGACACCUCCCUCGACCGCCGCCGCAUCAGCCGUCGCCGCCUUCGUCAACCGCCGCAGUCGCCACCUCCGCAGGCCUCCCUCGACGCCGGGUCCGGAUCCAUUUAGCCUUCCGUGUGACAUCGCCGCCCCGCCCAGAUCAGAUACUCGUGCCAAAGACUUGGAGCUCUUUCCUUCCAUAUUUUUGUUAUUCUUGGCUCCCAUUGGAAGAUACACAGACAUUUUGAGGUAAAAUGAGUGGUGCUCCGAAAAGGUUGCCUGAGGAGGGUAGCCACUCGACACCUGCGAAACGGCCUUUGGAUGAGAGCAGCUUGUAUUCGAGCCCUUCUGGGAAACUCAUUCAACCAGGCAGCACUGAUUUCCAUGGUUCUAUUGAGCAUGAUGGAAGAUCUGCCAAAAUACAACGUGUUGAACGAUCUCUGCCGCAUCGGAUUCAUGUUUCCUCCUCUAACUUUGUAGACCAUCCAACCUCAUCUGACAGCAGAUUAGAAGCAAAACAAAACAAAGAUGGAAGGGAAACCAAGGUUGAGGAUCGGGAGGCAAAAGCUGAUGCGCGUGAUGUUCAUAGUGAUACCAGGAUUGAGUUUCAAGGCAAUAAAGUUGAGACUGAUGUAAAGACAGACAGUAGAGCAGAUGACAAUGAAAUAAGAGCUGACCGAAGGGUUCAUACCGAAUACAAAGGUGAUGCCAAAUUGGACAAGGACGGUCAUCCUGCUGGAACUUCACACUUGGCCUGGAAAGAUAAUAAAGACCAUCGGGGUAAAAGAUAUGCUGAACAGCCAGAUGAUAAUGCAGGUUGGCGUUUUCUCCGUCCUGCUUUGCAAGGCACAGAUGAAACUCCCAAGGUUCCAACUCCUGUGGAAGAAUGGAACUCCAAGGAUGCACAUGAAUCAACAGGUGAGAGCAAAAUUGAACCUAGAAGUGAAGAUAAGUUCAGAGACAAAGACAGAAGAAAGAAGGAUGAAAAACAUAGGGAUUUUGGUGCAAGAGACGGUGAUAGAAAUGAUCGCAGAAUUGGUAUUCAGCUUGCAGGCAGUAGUGUUGAACGAAGAGAAAUUCAAAGGGAUGACCGGGAUGCUGAAAAAUGGGACAGGGAAAGAAAAGAUUCCCAGAAGGACAAGGAAGGCAACGAUCGGGAGAAGGAUUCUGCCAAGAAGGAUUCAUUUUUAGCUGUUGACAAGGAGAAUGCAAUACUGGAAAAGGCAGCAUCAGAUGGAGCUGUUAAAACUGCUGAACAUGAGAAUACAGCUACUGAAUUGAAGACACUUAAAGAUGACAAAUCUCAUGACAGGGAUCCUAAGGACAAGAAAAGAGAGAAGGAUGUCGAUACAGGAGACAGGAAUGACCAAAGAAGUAAGUAUAAUGACAAGGAAUCUGAUGAUACUGGUCCUGAAGGAGAUACAGACAAAGAUAAGGAUACUUUUGGAAGUAUUCAGCGCAGGAGGAUGGCACGUCCAAGAGGUGGUGGUGGUCAGGCAUCUCAACGGGAACCUCGAUUUCGGUCCAAAAUGCGUGAUGGUGAAGGGUCUCAAGGUAAGUCUGAGGUUUCUGCUAUUGUAUAUAAAGCUGGUGAAUGCAUGCAAGAACUUCUGAAAUCAUGGAAAGAGUUUGAAGCAACCCCAGAUGCUAAAAAUGCCGAGAAUCAACAAGAUGGUCCCACUCUUGAAAUCCGUAUACCUGCGGAGUUUGUUACCUCUACCAAUCGGCAAGUUAAAGGUGCUCAACUUUGGGGAACAGAUGUUUAUACAAAUGAUUCAGACCUUGUGGCUGUACUAAUGCAUACUGGUUACUGCUCACCUACAUCAUCACCUCCACCAUCUGCUAUCCAAGAACUGCGUGCAACUGUUCGCGUUCUACCACCACAAGACAGCUAUACUUCAACCCUGAGGAACAAUGUCCGCUCACGUGCUUGGGGUGCUGGUAUUGGUUGCAGCUUUCGCAUAGAACGCUGCUGCAUUGUUAAGAAAGGUGGUGGUACCAUUGAUCUUGAGCCUCGGCUUAGCCAUACAUCAGCUGUGGAGCCCACACUUGCCCCGGUAGCAGUGGAGCGCACAAUGACAACAAGAGCAGCAGCUUCUAAUGCAUUACGUCAGCAAAGAUUUGUCCGGGAAGUCACAAUACAGUACAAUCUCUGCAAUGAACCAUGGUUAAAAUAUAGUAUAAGCAUUGUGGCGGAUAAAGGAUUGAAAAAGUCGCUUUAUACUUCUGCAAGGCUGAAAAAAGGCGAAGUCAUAUACUUGGAAACACAUUUCAAUAGUUCUCACAGGUAUGAGCUGUGCUUCAGUGGAGAAAAGCCCCGCUCUGUUGGAUCAAACUCCAGCGCAUCAGAUUUAGAACCGGAAAAACAUCACAACAGCAGCCACCACCAUUCACAAAAUGGGGACAGGGGCACUGCAGAACAUGAACUCCGGGACAUGUUCCGGUGGUCGCGAUGUAAGAAAGCUAUGCCUGAGACCGCCAUGCGCUCUAUUGGUAUCCCACUGCCAGCUGAACAACUCGAGGUGCUGCAGGACAAUCUAGAAUGGGAGGACGUGCAGUGGUCGCAGACGGGCGUCUGGGUUUCCGGGAAGGAGUAUCCCCUCGCCCGCGUGCAUUUCCUCUCGUCGAACUAGCGGCGCAGCUCGCUCUAGUAGCCGGUCCAUGAAGAAACUUCUUCUCCUCUCAACAAGGCAGGAGGAGCUUCUUUCUGCAGUGCUGCUGCUGCUGCCUUCCAGCGUACAAUUUAUGAUGGCACCCAUGCUGCCAUCUUCUGUAUAAAAACAUGGAAGUCGAGCUCUACUGUCGUAGGCCGUGUUGUGCCUGUAGUCUUUCAACUCAUUGACCAUUAUAUGUCUGAGAUGUAAUUCUUGGUUCUUGAUUUACCCGUCCUGAUUAUUCACUGAUUCGUUUGUUCUCUGUAACUUGAGACUAUUUAUUUAUUGAGUAUUUCUUCGUUGUACUA